AUGUGGUGCAGCAUGACCGGAAACUACGAUAUUGACAAAAAGUGGAAGAAAUGUCGUGAGUACGACGUUUGCCUGACGUAUAAAACCCUGUCUGAUCCCUGGAGGAACGCUGGCUUUAAGUCGACCUCUUUCCCCGGCUGGCCGAAGAACGACCAUCAUAUCCGGGACGGGUGGUACCGCUUCACUGGGAUCGGAGGAGACGUCCUAAGCGACUUCUGUGUCCCCAAUUCUAGCGGCUCCAACAUGAGCUUAUCUCUGGGGUCGUGCCGGGGUACACCUACAUCCUCUAUAGACGGUUAUCUGGACACGUGUCAUUCGUCCUGCAGCGCGUCUUCCUGCGGCCCCAAUGCUCACUGUAACUCUACUGAUGGCAGCUGUGCGUGCGACGCUGGAUUCUCCAUACCUGACGACUACCUGCCCACCGGAAACUCCUACGGAUGCUCACGUGAUGACCUUAAACAGUCUCCUGAUAUCAUGAUUCCUGAAGCUUGCAAGUUUAAUGCCACACUGGACUGUACAAACAAACUCCUGAGCCAGAUCGACAACAUCACAACUGAAGUGUUUUCACCGACUGAAGUGAAGGACGUUUUAGAGUUCCUGACCGCUCAACAGAACAGUCCUCCUGUUGAAGAAACCAGUCUAGAACAACGUGUUUCUUCUUUUAAUGAGAUUCUGGGAGCCAGUGAGAAGGUGGUGUCUACUCUGGUGAAGAAAACAGAGGCUAACUACUCUGUUAGCAUCUCCCUCCAAACUACAGGAAACGCUGCUGUGUCCUUCAUAAGCUACACCAACAUGUCCGACUCCAGCCUCUUCGGUUUGACCACUGACCCAAUGACGGUCAUGAUGUCCACUGUGGUUUCAGCCACGCUGUCCAGAACCAGCAACACCAGCCUCACCAAACCAGUCAACUUCACACUGAGACACACAGCUGAUUUGAGUCCCAAUGAGUCCCAGUCGCUGUCCUGUGUUUACUGGAAGGUUAAAGAAUGGGUUGUCGAUGGCUGUACUCUUACUAAGACCAACAGCAGCCACACUGUCUGCUCCUGUACUCACCUGUCCACCUUCGCUCUUAUCAUGCAGACCCACCCCCAGAAGACUAAAGCUGUACUGGAGCUGAUCAAUACGGUGGCAGUAUCAGUGGGGAUGGUUUGCCUUGUUUUGUCUCUGUUGACCUUCUUUCUCUGUCGGCGAAACUCGAGAGUGACCAAAACGACUCGGGUCAACCUGUGUAUAAGUCUGCUGCUGGCCCACCUCCUCUUCCUGCUCACCCAAUCAUUACUGCACUACAUUAAACCUCACCAGGUGGUGUGUGCGGUUCUGGCAGGUGUUCUGCAGUUCCUCUUCCUCUCAGCGUUUGUUUGGAUGUCCAUUGAGGCUGUUCUGCUCUUCAUCUCGGUGAAGAACCUCUCACGCCUCAAUCAGAAGAGCAUGCUCGGCUGGAAGCGACUGACUGCUGUUGGGUACGGGAUUCCUCUGGUGGUGGUGGGCGUGUCUGCUGGAGUGAUGCCGGGUGGAUACGGCAGUGAAAAGUGCUGGCUGAGGAAUGACAGGAACCUGGUCUGGAGUUUUCUGGGUCCAGUUUGUUUCAUGCUGGUGUCCAACGUGAUCCUUUUCAGCCUAAUCGCUAACAGUCUCAGGUCGUCUCUUACACGUCUCAACAGUCAGGUUUCCCAGAUCAACCAAACCAGAAUUGUGGUGUUUAAGACCGUGGUCCAGUUCUUCAUCCUCGGUUGCCCCUGGAUUUUGGGUUUCUUCACCAGCAGCAGUAAAAUACUGGAGGUUCUCUUCCUGUUCCUCAACUCCCAGCAGGGAACCUUCAUCUUCCUCAUCCACUGCAUCCUCAACAAAGAGGUGAGGCAGGAGUACCGGAAGCUGCUGUAUGGUUUCCAGCCCAUUCUCACCGCUACCACCAUGACCGAGGUCCCGAACACUCGAGGAGGAAACAGGAUAAACCAGCAGAACAACAUGAGCGCCAACGACUACGGCCUUAUCACCUAUAACAUCACGACUAAAGGAGAUCAGUGUGUUUUUCCCUUCUUUAAUAACGGAGUUUCCUACACUGACUGUGUUAAUGUUCAGAAUUCCUCUAAACCCUGGUGCAGCACCACCGAUAACUAUACCAGAGACGGACAGCGGGGGGACUGCCUCGAUUACGAUGUUUGCCAGUCCAAUAAGACUCUACGAGACCCCUGGAGGAACGCUGAGUUUAACCGCAGUGCUUUCCCCGGGGGGCCGCUGGAUGACGGUGGGCUGCAGGAGGGCUGGUACCGGUUUGCUGGUAUAGGUGGAGACAGUUUGGUCUACAGAUGCUUGAGUCUGGUUGUGGGUGAAAUCUCCUAUAAUUGUUCUGGAAGCUCCUUCAGUUCUGCAGAUUCAGCCUUCUACACCUGUGAUGUUGUGAUGGACACCCCUAAGACCCUGGACUGUGGUGGAGGACUGGUCAUGUACUACCUCGUCCCAACCAACGGAACCUAUCUCACACGUCAUUCCUCCUGCAGUAACUUGUCCUGCGGUGUUCAUGCGGUCUGUAAUCCUGAGGAUGGUGGCUGCUGUUGUGACUCUAGACUUCCUACACCAGUUGGCUUCCUGACCACAAGAGAGUCCUACACCUGCAGAGAGUUAAUUCCACCAGUAACUGAAGACUGCAUGGUUCACUGUUCCCUAGAAUGUGCACUAAAUCUCCUCAAGCAGAUCCAGAGCAGCCCUGCCCAAGUGAUGUCCAAAACAGUUGUUGCUGAGUAUCUGAAUGAGCAGAUGAAGUGUGUGAGGGUUCUGGAGCCUGAUGAGGAUCCCAGGGUGACGGGGUUCUAUGGUGACUCUGUACUAAACAGCACUGAGAAACUGCUGUCUGGACUGGUGACGUGGACGUGGACGUAUUACUCCGUUAGCAUCAGCCUUGAUGCAAUAGAGGCGGAGGUCUUUGUGGUUGGACCGAAUGCCUCCUUAACAGAAAUCCCUCGACUCAACACGAGCAACGCUUAUCUGGAUAUUGAUCUGAUUGGGAUUUCACAGAUUAAUAAUGGAUAUGCCGCUGUGGCCUUCAUAAGCUACACCUACUUAUCCAACCUUCUGAACCCCAGCAUCUUCAACAAACCCGAGGGCAAAGACAAAAACAUCGUAUCUAACGUGGUUUCAGUCGUACUGUACAACAUCACCAUCGAAAAGCUGCCCAGAUCCUUCAACAUCACCCUGAAUCAAACCCAAUCCAAUCCAAUCAGAUCAGAUUUACUGUCAAAUCAUACGAGUACAGGUGUACAGGAAGUGAAUCCUGAAGGUACUCUGUCCUGUAUGAACUGGCAAGGCACUAAAUGGGUGCAAGAUGUUUGCGAAGUCAUUUCCAUCAACAGCUCUCACACUGUGUGCUCCUGUGAUCAGCCGGGAACCUUCGCCCUCAUCAUGCAAAUCAAUUGCUCUUCAAAGGUCCCCAGUAGCUAUCUGUACAUGUUUAACCUGGUGGCCGUGGCCGUCGGGCUGGGGUUCCUCGGCUUGACCCUGCUGACCUUCGCUGUUUGCCGUCAUCACCUGAAGACCAACAGUGUGGCUCAGGCUAACCUGACCCUCAGCCUCCUGCUGGCUCAGCUCCUGUUCCUGCUCUCCCAGAAAUUCCUACGCAAAAUACGAGCCUUUCUGUGGGCGUGUAAAGUUCUGUCGGGUGUUCUGCACUACCUCUUCCUGUCUGCGUUUGUCUGGAUGCUCAUCGAUGCGGUUCUGCUCUUCAUAUCGGCGAAGAACCUCAGCAAGAUCAGAUCCAGUAAGGAGGAGGUUCUGGGCUGGAAAUGGCUGACUGUGAUUGGAUACGUUAUUCCACUGGUUCUGGUGGGAGUGUCCGCUGGGGUCGUGCCAGAAGGAUACGGCUCUGAACAAUGCUGGAUUAAGAUGGACAGAGGCUUCUUCUGGAGUUUUUUGGGUCCUGUGUGUGUUAUACUCGCUUGCAACCUGAUUCUCUUUGUUGCCAUCGUCAUCAUGGUGAUCUUCACCCUGAAGAGCCUGAAGAGCGAGAUCCUACAGAGGAAAAAUACUCUGGCUGAUAAGAAGGUCAUUCAGAGUGUGAUGCUUAAAACCAUGGCUCAGUUCUUCAUCCUCGGUUGCCCCUGGAUUCUGGGUUUCUUCACCUGCAACAGUGAAGUUCUGGAGUUCCUCUUCCUGUUCUUCAACUCCCAGCAGGGAACCUUCAUCUUCCUCAUCCACUGCAUCCUCAACAAAGAUGUCAGAGAGCAGUGCAAGAAAUGGUCAAGAGCUUUUUGCCCAGGUAAAAAGAAUUCCUGAGGCCACUUGAGAUGUUCCAGAUGAGACCAAAAAAGCUAAACAUGUACAUACUGUAAUCACAAAAUAACAGUUGUCAUGAUAUUUUCCUCUAUAACUUUAAAAUAUUUCAUUUUUACAGUUAACUUUCCUUCUCAACGCA